AUCGUAAUAAGUAAUAAAUACAGUCAAAAACGUUCUUAACUUAAUAUAUCCCAAAUAGAUUAACAUUUGUAUGUAUAAAUAGGCUAGAAUAAAUUAUUUUUUACAUAUUUUCUAAUAAUAUAACACUUGGAAAGUUUGAUCGUCACAAAACUUAUUUUCGUCGAAACUUAUUGUUAGUUGUAUUCUUCACGUCCUAACGCAUCAACGAAUCAAGUUUAAAUAACUGCCCAUCCUUUGUGUAACAUUAACGAUUCUAGAUACGUCGAAAUAGAUAUGAUAAAAUAACGGGAAGUUUACUUUUUCGCAAUGGCCGAGGCUACCCCUCCGUUCCUCUGCGCCCUACGUCAUAUUAUUUGAAAUACUACCAAGACGGUGAUAAGAACGAAUUUUCCACUUUCCCGUGUGAUUUAAUAAAGUGUUCUGAUUUAACAGGUUCGAGAAACCGAUUUCCAAAACAUUGUACUUGUAGAAUCUUUGGAAUAUUAAAAAAAAAAUAUGCUGCAAAAGGAUUUUUAAGGAGUAAAACCACUCUAGAGGCAGAAAAAAAAAAGACCUAAAUUUGACAAUUUAUCUUGGGAGUGUGACAAAUGAAAUAGAAUUUCUUUUCAGAGGGUUUAUUUAACACAUAUUGAAGAACGAAAAACAAUUUUUUUAUUGUCACUUUCAUACAAAAUGGCGGCGACAGAGACCGUCGUCGAAAACAGCUGUUUUGAAAAUACCGCCACGGGAGGACGGAUUUCUCAGCAUCUACAAGUCAUGGGACAAAAACUAAAGAAAAUUUAUAAUCUAUAUACAAUUGGCUGUGGAAGUACGUAGGGUUUUUCUUCUUAAUCAAUUUUUGUGAAAGUGGCGCACUUUUUAAGCAAAGACUCGACUUUUUGCCCUAAAAAUGAGCAUUAAAUUGUUUAUAAAAAAAAAAAGUUUACAUUCAAUCAAAAAACGGCUUAUUGUGAAGCUACUGUACAAAUUUCAAAUCGAUCCAUGCAAUAGCCACUGAGAAAUUCGUCCUCCCAGUUUGAAAAAAGUGGUUUCGAGAAAAACGCGUUUAAAGUUUUAUAAACACUUUAAUCGCGCUCUGAGGCACUGCGGCAAAAUCGAUCAUUGAAUCUUUUAACAUUUGUUUUUCACUGUAAAUCAAAUGACGUAUUAUUUGUAUGACCCUAAAGUAUCGUUUAAGCAAAAAAAAAUCGAUUUUUUGAAAAUCCUAGAGUGAUUUCAGCUCUUAAAGUUGAUAAAACAAUUAUCAACGAGAAAAAUAUAGAUAAGUAGUUUUAUCAUUGAUUAAUGUUAUGGAAAAGUCUUUUUUCAAUAUUCCUUACCAUUUCAACAAAGAAGAUUCUAGAAAAUCUCCAGGUUAAUGCUCCCCACGCGUGGCAAUAAUUUUGUAACUCACCAUGUGCGCCAUUUUCUGUUGCGUUCAUAAUUUCUAUGCGCAUCACGGUCCAGUGUCGCGUAUGAGCGAGAAAAUGUUGCAAUUGUGGUGGCACCCUUAGCGACACGGAGAAAAGCGCAGGCUUCGAAUCGAUCCUCCACCCCCAAAGUUUCCAAUGAACAACCCCCGGCCGACGACUCUCUCUUGUCGACCCAACAACAGUUCAAAAGCACCCGACGGCAAACAUGGCGCUGGAUUUUGCAGCCACGUACAAAGUUUUGGUGCUAGGUGACUCGAACGUCGGGAAGACCUGCAUCGUGCAUCGUUAUUGCGACGAACGUUACUACGACACAUAUACAUCAACGAUAGGUAUCGACUUCAAGCAGAAAAUAAUUAACCUGGAUGGGACGCCGAUUAAGCUUCAAAUCUGGGAUACUGCUGGUCAGGAGCGAUUUAGAACGCUAACCACAGCUUAUUACCGCGGUGCCAUGGGUAUACUUUUGAUGUAUGACGUCACAAAUUUAGAAAGUUUCAAUCAUAUGUCUUAUUGGCUACAAAAUAUUCAAGAAAACGCUUCGCCAGAUGUGGUAAAAGUGUUGACAGCGAAUAAAUGCGACGUUACUGCGAACAGAGCUGUUAACGUGGAGUGGGGACAAAAAAUAGCCGAACAUUUUGACAUGCCCUUUUUCGAGGUUUCCUGUAAAGAGAACAUAAACAUCGAGAAAGCGUUCCUUACGCUGGCUAGAAGAAUACGAGAGCAACGAGGACAAACGGUCAGUUUGUUCGAGGCAUCCGAAUGUGAACAACCCGACAGCGCCAGCGUAAUUAAACUUCAAUUAAAGAGUCAACUGAGGGACGGAUGGAGCUGCUCGUGUUAGUUUAUACCUAUAAUUAAUUAUGGGAAUCGAGACGUGCUUCGAGUAUCGGUAAAACACACGAUGGAUUCGCUUGAGACGGGAUUUUAUCUUUCGACGGGCCAGCAUACAGAAAAAGAAGAGGAAGGCGCGUUGUUUCUAUAUGUAAGUGUACAUACAUACGCAUGAUGCGAGAGAAUUACGUCGAAGUGAAAUUUCGAGAAGGUACGGGCACCGAGAAGUCCGAGCCUAGCACGAAUGGAGGAGACAGAAAAAGGUUUUUUGUAUUGAUGAGUAGAUUAUAUUAUAUGUAUGUGCUGUCUGCGACACUUGAUUAAACGCGUUAAAAGUUUUGCUAUAUUAUUCUCUAUUUAUUCUCUACUUAAUACAUGGUGGUACAACCGAGGUGGGUGUGAUUCUACAUGAAAAAACAAAUCGAAAAUAAGGAAUCGAAUUUCUUCAUUUGAGGCUUCGUUCUCAAGAAAAUCGCUUUUGAAUAUUCAGCGAGUACGCGUACAUUUAACUAUGGUUUAGAUAGGUGGAUCUCGAUACAGACUUUACAUUCACACUAAAUCCGUAGGCAGAAAUGAGUAAUACAGCACAUCAUCUUGAUAUUAAUGAUAUUAGUACUAUUUAUAAGUGACAUAUGACUUGAUGUGGAUCGGAAUCCAUCCAUCUAAACCAUCUCGGUUGUACCACCGAUGCUGAGACACCCUGUAUUUCGAAAGCAAUAGGUCCUAUGUAAUGGAAGUAGGUAUACGCAGUUAUUUUAAUUAAGCUCUUAUUUAGUCUGAAGAUAUUUAUUCUUUAUGGAAAAAGAUACAUAUCAGCCUGCGUCGUUUGAAUACAUGCAUGGCAAAUGAAACGUAAAAAGACAAUAUAUAUUUAACGAAAAUACUUUAUUAGUAUCUUUCUUGUACAUCUACCAUUUUUCUUUAUAAUGCAAAGAAUCUGAUUUGGUAACGAUUUAUACAGAGUGUGUAUAGAAGAAUAUGGUAUUAUUUUCAAUUCGGACUCGAUAGCGUUUACAAGAUCUUCUUAGCAAGAAAUGCCCCCAAACAUUUUCGAUGAUGUUCAAAUCUGGUGAUAGUGCUGGCCAAUUUAUUAACUAUGUAAUUCCCUGUUGUUUGUGCCAGUCAUUAAUUAAUUUGACCAUGCGUAUAAACGGGUUAUUGUG